GGGCUUGUGUUUACAGCUCGGCUGGAUGUUGUUGGCUGUUGAUGAUCCUGGGAAAGUGCAAUGCUGUGCCAAACGCCAAUGGAAUAAAAACCACUGUGGGGCUAAAAAAUUCCAGACUCAUCAGACCAGGCAACAUUUUUCCAGUCUUCAACUGUCCAAUUUUGGUGAGCUCGUGGAAAUUCUAGCCUCUUUCCUAUUUGUAGUGGAGAUGAGUGGUGCCUGGUGGGGUCUUCUGCCGUUGUAGCCCAUCCGCCUCAAGGUGGUGAUUUUUCUCAUCAUCUCCCACCACUUCCUCCUUCUGUCUUCCAUUCAUGAGCAGCGUGGCUGAGUUUAACAGCGGCAGCCAUGGAUGACAAGGGCUCGGUGGGGAAAAUUAGCGUGUCUUCGGACUCAGUGUCUACUCUCAACAGUGAGGACUUUGUUCUUGUGUCUCGACUUGGGGACGAGACACCCUCCUCCACUAAUAAUGGUAGUGAUGACGAAAAGACAGGACUGAAGGUGAUUUCUGAGGAAGGGGUCAGCUUUAAGAUUGUGGGGAAUGGGAGUGAGCAGCAGCUUCAACGAGAGCUAGAGGAUGUCCUCAUGGACCCGUCGGUAGCAGACGCUGGGCUGGGAUCAGAAACCGGAACGAGCAGUAGUCUUGGUAUGGGCGACCAUGGCCCUUCACCAAACACAACAUCACCUGUACCACCAGGAACUGACCCUCUGAGUGCACCGUCGCCCAAGAUGGAGAUGGUGCUUCCUGUUCAGACGGCUCAGGAGAGCGAGUUGAAUGAGAGGUCCUACAGAGCCGAUGAAUCGUCCUCAGAAGGCAGUCCCUGUAGUCCAAUCCCAGAUGAGGACAGCGUCGUGUUCAGUCAGCUGACAUAUCUGGGGUGUGCUUCUGUCAACGCCCCCCGGAGUGAGGUGGAGGCCCUACGUAUGAUGAGCAUCCUCAGAGGGCAGUGCCAAGUCCCUCUGGAUGUCACACUCUCAGUGCCAGGAGUGUCUGAAGGCACUGUGAGGUUGUUGGACCCCCACAACAACGCAGAAAUAGCCAAUUAUCCCAUCUAUAAGAUUCUGUUUUGUGUUCGAGGCCAUGAUGGCACACCGGAGAGUGACUGCUUUGCCUUCACUGAGAGCCACUACAACUCCGAGAUCUUCAGGAUCCACGUGUUUCGCUGCCAAAUCCAAGAGGCGGUGAGUAGGAUACUGUACAGCUUUGCUACCGCGUUCCGGCGGUCAGCUAAGAAGGCGCUUCUGUCGUCUCAGCAGAAUGCUCCGCUGACCCCUGACAGCGACUUGUUUACCUUCACCGUCAGCCUGGAGAUCAGGGAGGAUGACGGCAAGGGUACUUUCAGUGCUGUAGCAAAAGACAAGGACAAACAGAGCUUCAAGCUUCGUGCAGGACUGGAUAAGAAAAUCGUCAUUUACGUUCAGCAGACAUCCAAUAAGGAACUGGCGAUCGAGAGGUGUUUUGGACUCCUGCUUAGCCCGGGAAGAAAUGUGAAGAACAGCGACAUGCACCUGCUGGACCUGGAGUCAAUGGGAAAGAGCUCAGAUGGGAAGUCUUACAUCAUCACAGGAAGUUGGAACCCCAACACGCCUCAGUUCCAGGCUGUGAACGAGGAAACGCCCAAAGAUAAGUUCAUGUACAUGACGACGGCGGUGGAUCUGGUAAUCACAGAGGUGGAGGAACCGGUCCGUUUCCUGCUGGACACGAGGGUCAGAGUCUGUUCUCCCAACGACAGACUAUUCUGGCCCUUCAGCAAGCGUAGCUACACUGAGACCUUCUACCUUAAACUGCGACAGAUGGAGCGAAAAGAAAGAAAGAGUCCUGCUUCUGACACUCUAUACGAGGUCGUGAGUUUGGAAAGUGAGUCAGAGAGAGAAAAACGAAAAACCACAGCGAGUCCACACAUCAUCCCCACUGGUACCAUGGCUCCUUCACCUCCUGAGGACGACGAAGAGGAAGAUAAUGACGAGCCCUUACUCAGUGGGUCAGGGGACGUUUCAAAGGAGUGUGCAGAGAAGAUCCUGGAAACCUGGGGCGACUUAUUGUCCAAGUGGCACAUGAAUCUGUCGGUGCGUCCGAAGCAGCUGCCGGCGUUGGUGCGCAGUGGCAUCCCUGAGGCUCUCCGUGGAGAGGUGUGGCAGCUCCUGGCAGGCUGCCACAACAAUGACCACCAGGUGGAAGAAUACCGAACACUGAUCACCAAGGAAUCUCCCCAGGACAGCGCAAUCACCAGGGACAUUAACAGGACGUUCCCAGCUCAUGACUAUUUCAAAGACACUGGAGGAGAUGGGCAAGACUCGCUUUACAAGAUCUGCAAGGCCUACUCUGUUUAUGAUCAGGAGAUUGGUUACUGCCAGGGCCAGUCCUUCUUGGCUGCCGUUCUGUUGCUACACAUGCCAGAGGAGCAGGCUUUCAGUGUCCUGGUGAAGAUCAUGUUCGAUUACGGGCUGAGGGACCUUUUCAAACAGAACUUUGAGGAUCUUCACUGCAAGUUCUUCCAGCUUGAAAGACUCAUGCAGGAAUGCAUUCCUGAUCUGUACAACCAUUUUCUGAAUGUGGGUCUGGAGGCUCACAUGUACGCCUCUCAGUGGUUCCUCACCCUCUUCACAGCCAAGUUUCCUCUUUACAUGGUCUUCCAUAUCAUCGACCUGCUGCUGUGUGAGGGCAUUAGUGUGAUCUUCAAUGUAGCCUUGGCAUUAUUGAAGACAUCAAAAGACGAUCUAAUCCAAACAGACUUUGAGGGCGCACUCAAAUUUUUUCGAGUCCCUGUUCCAAAGAGGUACCGCUCCGAGGAAAACGCAAAGAAACUGAUGGAGCUGGCCUGUAGCAUGAAGAUCAGCGAGAAGAAGCUGAAGAAGUUUGAGAAGGAAUACCACACCAUAAGAGAGCAGCAGGAGCAACAGGAAGCCCCCAUUGAAAGAUACGAGCGUGAGAAUCGUCGAUUGCAAGAGGCUAACAUGCGUCUGGAGCAGGAGAACGACGAUCUGGCUCAUGAACUAGUUUGCAGCAAGAUAGCUCUGCGCAAAGACCUCGACAACGCGGAGGAAAAGGCAGAUGCCCUGAAUAAAGAGCUGCUGCUGACUAAACAGAAGCUGGUUGAAUCUGAAGAUGAGAAGAGACGACUGGAGGAAGAGUCUGCUCAGCUUAAGGAAAUGUGCCGACGGGAACUCGAUAAGUCCGAAUCAGAGAUAAAGAAGAACGGUUCCAUCAUUGGGGAAUAUAAACAGAUCUGCUCCCAGCUGAGCGAACGGCUGGAGAAACAGCAAACGGCCACCAGAGGAGAGCUAGAGAAAAUCAGAUCCAAAGUGGAAGGCUGUGAGAAGUGCAGCAGCCUGUUCAACAAAGAGGGUCGCGUUCGGGCUGCGGUUACCACGGCGCCCGCCGGGGGGGCGGAGGAAACGGACGAGGAGAAGGAGGCUUUAAAGAACCAGCUGAGGGAGAUGGAGCUGGAGCUGGCCCAGACCAAACUACAGCUGGUGGAGGCCGAGUGUAAAAUCCAGGACCUGGAGCACCAUUUGGGUCUCGCUCUUAAUGAGGUUCAAGCCGCCAAGAAGACCUGGUUCAACCGAACACUCAGCUCCAUCAAAACCGUCACAGGGACCCAGGGCAAGGAGACCACUUAACCCAGUAACCUCCUCCUCCCACCCGACCCUCCCAGUUUCUACAGGAGCGUGUCUGCAGCUCAGUGUGACUCAUCAAGCCUAACGCUCCGAAGCCCUAACAAAACCCACCAGACCAGAACUUUAACCGUUAAAUCAGAGAUUCUCCUCAGUGAAGGACUGUGGUACUACUUUCCUCCCUUCAUCUGUCUCGUAUAAUAACAGAAAACGUACUUCCAAAGGAGGAGACUCAUUAAUGACCAUCUGUGUACUGCUGAUGUUAGGAGACCCGUAGGGGGACGGAGAGGACAUGCGGACAUUCCUCGGCAGAGAACUACUGACAACACGACAAGUUCCUGUAAAUGUUUCUGUUUUAGGUACAACAGCUGAUAGACGCCGUUACGAACACAGCUUUUUUGUUUUUGGUUUAUCAUCAGAUUCAAUUUGUUCAGAAACGUGCAGUGUGUGUGUGCGCGCGCGCUUGCGUGCGUGCGUGAGUGAGAGGGAGAGAAAGCUGGAGAAUUUGCGGAAGUCCCAAGAAAAAGAAGCACUAAAGUGUGUGUGUGUGUGUGUGUGUGUGUGUGUGUGUGUCUGUGUGUGUGUGUGUGUGUGCAUGCUUGUAGGGUUGUCUCUCGUGUCCUUUAAUGUUCAAACAUGUAAAUGAAAACUGCUAAAUAGAAGUUUGCUGACAAAGCCUUGAUGUGAAGGUUGAUAAAGAAGGAACGUGUCGGUUAUAAUUAUGUAAUUUAUGGAAACUUUAAGCUGUAAAUGUGUUCAGAUCAGAUGAAUCAACAGUCGAGGUUUGUCUGGUUUGGGUCUUUAAGCACAAAGAAACUUAAAAAGCUCUAAACCCUACAAACCUUCAGGGUGAGAAGACAGAUGAACCUCCUGAAUGGUGCAAUGUCAAAAAAAAAACAGUAACCUCAGAUCUGCUCAGUCCGAAUGGAAACCACAGAUUGAAAUGGAUAAUUCCCACAGCACUCGAACACACUGUUAAAACCCACCUAGUUUUGUCACCAGCUGCUUGGUUCAGCGCUAAAAUAUAUUAUAGAUGCAGAUUGGACAGGUUGCUAUGAUGAUCUCAGAUGCAACAUUAGAUUUAUUAGAGAAAAGAAGUUAACGGAAUAAAGGAUCCUUUCUGGUGUCACCUGGUGAAACCUUUUCUAUUCGCUCCAGUUGAUAAAUAUCUGAUGCAAACAUUGAACCUUAACAGGUCAGAAGUUCUUAAAACAUUUUAAGUGUCCAGACUGAUUCAUGCAGAUGUCAAAGAACUAAAAUGUAAAGACUAGUGGAUAAAUAAAAUUACCUGUCAGCUGUUACUGCAGGAUGAGUCUGACCACCAGGCGCAGAGCAUCACAACCAUGUCACUAAGGGUCAAAGCUCAGGUCAAAAGGUCAAAAACGGGCUCUAAAGUUAUCCACGAGGCAUGUGGGUCUCCACGUCUGAUUUCAUACUUAGCUGAGUGAAAACCGAGACCCCACAGGGAUCCAGUUUCUGCUCGUCCUAAAGAACUAAAGUAAGACCUGCACCUUUUCAUUUGACUAAAACAAACUGAAGCCGGAUUGGCUGGAAUUAGGUGAUGACAUCAGCGGAGAUCUGUCUAAAAGCACUGGGCUGUAAAUAAACGUCAUUGAAUAUUUCUUUAUGAUUUUCUACUCUAACUGUAACUAAUGUUGCCUUCCUGCUGCUGUGCUACAGUUUCAUCCACAAUGUUUUUAAUGUUUUUGUUUUUGGCUCCGAGCUCCUCAGUCGCGCUGCUGUUUUGUUUACUAAAUGCCAAAACGUAGCUUUCUCAUCCGACAACAUUAACGUGUGGGAAUUGUUCUAGAGUAGACUGCAUUGUGUAUACUUCAUGGAUUUAAAUAUAAAGAUCUCAACACAAGAA